AACGUAAACACGAAAGACGACAAGAAAGAAACAACAACACAGCCUCCGCCACAGCCUACGAGGACUCGCCCACACCGGCACGUCUAGACACCUCUCGAUCGAACCAGCCUACUCCACAGUCACCAUCAUGUUCGGAAACACCCGGCAACCCAAUGCGAACGUGGCGCCACAGUCAUCACGAACGCGUCGUCAAAACGUUCGCCCGGCCUCACCCGGCCCGUCAACGGGCGGUGGAAGCGGCGGCGGAGGUCUCUUCGCUGCACAGGUCGGAGCGAGCGGGAAGGCGCCCGCGACAGCAUACCGCGAACGGGAGCAACAAUACCAGGCGGAGUUGACACAGGACCAGAAGGAUGAGAUUGCCGACGCGUUCAACCUCUUCGACCUGAACCAAGACCGCAGGAUCGACUACCACGAGCUGAAAGUAGCAAUGAAAGCCCUCGGCUUCGACACGCCCAAGCCAGAGCUGCUGGACAUCAUCCGGCGGCACGGCGUGACCCCGACAGGCGUAGCACCACCAGCCAACACCCCUCCCACCAACCUUUACAUUACCUACGAAGCAUUCAUGGACAUCAUGACACAGAAGAUCGCGGAGCGUGACCCGCUGGAAGAGAUCGGCCGUGCGUUCGAGCUCUUCGCUGGUGUGGGCAGUGGGGGACGCCAGGACGGCAGGGACCCGAAGAUCGGAAUCGACGAUCUUAGAAGAGUCGCAAAGGAGCUCGGAGAGAAUCUCGAGGAGGAAGAGCUGCAGGCUAUGAUCGACGAGUUCGAUGUCGAUAAUGAUGGCAUGAUCAGUAGGGAAGAGUUCAUAGCUAUCUGCAAAGGGGAUUGAUCGAAUAGGCUGUUGUUUCUUUCUAGUUAACUCGCUCACUGCUUUUGCCUUUAAUGAUCACCAAUACAUGGACUCCCGCAACAUCGCGCUGUGCCGUGGUAUCUUGUCUUGUACCUAUUCUAGCACAAUCCCCCCACCUCCUGUUCCCACCUCGGCCUCGGCCUGCUGUCAGUCAUAACCGAUUAC